AUGGGAAUCAAAGGAUUGCCGGAACAGUUGAAGCAUUACUACCGCGACGCGCAAGUGGAACAGUUUAAAGGUAUGAAUACGCAGUCGCGCAUUUUUAAAACGACUUUCGUCGUCUCCGAUUUGGUUUCCCUUUGUUUCGCGUCGAGAUAUUCAAAAACUGACACAGAGACGCACCAUCGUACUCUUUCUUUUUACGUCAUCAUCAACCAACCGCUUCGCGCGAACGAAACGCAUUGGAUGGAACGUGUAAUAAAAGGUAUGCGCGCAGCCGUCGACGCGUACUCGUGGCUCCACAAAGGCGCGUAUUCGUGCGCGUUAGAGUUGCACACGGGAAAUCACUACUGGGUAAAACAAAACAGAGACGCCCCGUACGUGAACUAUUGCAUCCACAGGGCGAAGAUGCUGAAAUUUUUUGGCGUGGAACCGGUGAUCGUGUUCGACGGCGAUCGAUUACCGGCGAAAGCGAGCGAGGAAGGCACGAGACGACAAAGGAGAGAAGAGGCGAAACAGAAAGGACGAGAGCGAUUGGAACAAGGCAAUCGAGAAGGCGCGACGUUUAUGUUUACGCAGAGCUUAGAUAUUUCGCCGAGGAUGGCGCUGGAGUUGAUUGUGGCGUUGAAGAGAGAAGGUAUUGAAUUCGUCGUAGCCCCGUACGAAGCGGACGCGCAAAUAGCGCAUUUGGCGAGGCAAUCGAGGGAAAAUGGUGGAGUGGACGUGGUGUUCACGGAGGAUUCGGAUUUGGUCGCCUACGGGUGCGAGAGAGUUUGUUUCAAGUUAGACAAGUUUGGGGCGUGUAAAGAAGUUUUGUUGGAGGACGUGUUGAUGAAUAAAACAGCUGCGGCGAUGACGACGACGACGACGACACCCAGCGAGGAGAUGACGACUACUAACAACGAAGAAAGUGAAAUGACGAUCAAUAACGAGAGUCAAAUGACCGUGGAAAACGAUGGAACGAACGAGUCGGAUGAAAACGUAGACGCGAAGAAAAAGACUGCUACUGCUGCGAAGAAAAAAGGUGGUUCGAAGUCUUCCGCGGGAGGAAAAGGUUCCAGAGGUGCCAAUUCUCCAUUGUCCUUCGAGAAUUGGACCCACGACGACUUCUUGGGUCUCUGCGCGAUGAGCGGGUGCGAUUUCUUAGAAAACGUGAGAAAUGUUGGUUUUAAAAAGGCCCACGCUUUCGUCAACAAAAAUGACCGGUGCGCAAAAACCGCGUUAGAAAUGAUGAGUAAAGACCCAAAGAUUGACGUUCCAGAAGGUUACGUCGAAAAAUGGCAGCGCGCGGUUUAUACCUUCAGACACGCGUUGAUUUAUGACGUCAAGGAGAAAACAUUGAAGCACUUGACGCCGCUUCCCGAGGAGCUUCUCGGGAAGACAUCCGACGAGCUUGACUUUUUGGGCAAAGUAUUCGAGGACAAAGUUGCGAUUGAAAUCGCAGAAGGAAGAAUGGAUCCCAUCGCGAGGCGUCCGUUUGCUCACGCGCAACCGCACUUUCAACAAAGAUACAAUAAUAAUUACAAUAACAUGCAUAACGUGCAACUGACGAACGAGGGACCGAAAAUUCCAAAAGUCAACAUCAAUUCUAUGUUUGCGGCGAAGAAAGUUGCCACUUCCACGGCUCCAGCUCCAGUAGUAGCAGCCAUGCCGCCAGCAACAGCAGCAACAACAACAACAACAACAACAACAACAACGGUUCCUCCUCCUUCUCAGCCGUUGAGACGUUCGCCGAGGAAGCAUCCGCAAAGCAUGGUAUUGAGCGCAGAAGACUUGGAGGAUUUAGAGAUCGCUAAAAUGCUCGGCGCUGCGGAGCAAGGAGUGCAAGCAAACAAGCAUACGCCGGCGCCACCCUCCGCCUCAAAGAAAAGCCGCACGCCGCUUUCUUCGCCGAACAAGCAAAGUCAUCAAAAACCGAGCGCGACGGACAAUUCGUUCAAGCGAACGUUCGAGAACAACAAGAACGAUGAGAACGCCGAGAUACGAAACAAGUUUAGCAAAACUGCGUCAAAUAAUACCACACCAGGCGCGGAAUUGAAGAAGCUACCUCCCAAGCCGCCUUCGGUGAAUAAGAAGUUUGGCGCUCCGGAAAAAGAAAAGACGAUAUUCAAACUCGGCGCCGACGGCGGUUUGAAAGAGAUUAAAACCAAGCCGAAGUCCAUCGCCAGUUUCUUCGCUCCGGUGAAAAAGAAGUAA